GAGUGGACUCUGGUGUACCACGACGGCGAUUUGAAGGGUCGAGCUGAACCCCUGAAGUUGCUGAUGGAGGAUGCUGGCGUGAAGUACGACGUGACCUCGGAAAACUUGUACGGGGAGACGGGACACAUGGAUGCCUUUCGAGGCAGCGCCGAAGCUGUGGCUCGCUUAGACAACGCUCCUUCUCCGGUCAUGUUUCCGCCAGUGAUUUGGCACCGGCCGCCAUCUGGAGACGAGGUCUACGUGAAUCAGACAGCUGCAUGCCUCUCUUACCUCGGGCGCUGCUUGGGCUAUUCGCCAACCGUGCCUGCUGAAAUUGCGCGGGCAGACCAGAUCACGCAAAAUGCUGUUGACUACGUUGCGGAGGGCCGCGCAUCUUUCCACCCGAUGGACCAGAAGGCACCCUAUACAACUCAGAAAGAGGAGGCAGAUAAGAAGUCCAAAGAGUGGAGCGCUGGCCGCAUGGGAGUAUGGCUGCAGCAUUUCGAGAAAGUCGUGAAGCGUGUAGGUGCCGAAAAGCCAAUUGCAGGCGGCUCCAGCAUUACCUAUGCGGACUUCAUGCUGUUCCACGCUUUGGAU